CGCAUCCCGCGCCACACCCUCCCAAUCCCCUCCCCCUCGCGUAUCCACACUUUUCACACGCGACGCCGGAGAGACAGAGCGCGCGCGCGCCCGAAAGAUGUCGACGUGCGCGGCGGACCUGGCGCCGCUGCUCGGCCCGGCGGCGGCGAACGCCACGGACUACCUGUGCGGGCAGUUCGCGGACACGGCCUCCGCGGUGGACGCCACGUACCUGCUCUUCUCGGCCUACCUCGUGUUCGCCAUGCAGCUCGGCUUCGCCAUGCUGUGCGCCGGCUCCGUCCGCGCCAAGAACACCAUGAACAUCAUGCUCACCAACGUGCUCGACGCCGCCGCGGGGGCGCUCUUCUACUACCUCUUCGGCUUCGCCUUCGCCUUCGGCACGCCCUCCAACGGCUUCAUCGGCAAGCAGUUCUUCGGGCUCAAGCACCUGCCCAGGACCGGCUUCGACUACGACUUCUUCCUCUACCAGUGGGCCUUCGCCAUCGCCGCCGCGGGCAUCACGUCGGGCUCCAUCGCCGAGCGGACCCAGUUCGUCGCCUACCUCAUCUACUCCGCGUUCCUGACGGGGUUCGUCUACCCCGUGGUGUCGCACUGGUUCUGGUCCGCCGACGGCUGGGCCGGCGCCAGCCGCACGUCCGGCCCGCUGCUCUUCGGGUCCGGCGUCAUCGACUUCGCCGGCUCCGGCGUCGUCCACAUGGUCGGCGGCAUCGCGGGGCUGUGGGGCGCGCUCAUCGAGGGCCCCCGCAUCGGGCGCUUCGACCACGCCGGCCGCUCCGUGGCGCUCAAGGGCCACAGCGCGUCGCUCGUGGUGCUCGGCACCUUCCUGCUGUGGUUCGGCUGGUACGGGUUCAACCCCGGGUCCUUCACCACCAUCCUCAAGUCGUACGGCCCCGCCGGGACCGUCCACGGGCAGUGGUCGGCCGUGGGCCGCACCGCCGUCACCACCACCCUCGCCGGCAGCGUCGCCGCGCUCACCACGCUGUUCGGGAAGCGGCUCCAGACGGGCCACUGGAACGUGGUGGACGUCUGCAACGGCCUCCUCGGCGGGUUCGCGGCCAUCACGGCCGGGUGCAGCGUGGUGGAGCCGUGGGCGGCCGUCAUCUGCGGGUUCGUGUCCGCGUGGGUGCUCAUCGGCGCCAACGCCCUCGCGGCGCGCUUCAGGUUCGACGACCCGCUGGAGGCGGCGCAGCUGCACGGCGGGUGUGGCGCCUGGGGCGUCCUCUUCACGGGGCUCUUCGCGAGGCGAAAGUACGUGGAGGAGAUCUACGGCGCCGGGAGGCCCUACGGGCUGUUCAUGGGCGGCGGCGGGAAGCUCCUCGCCGCGCAGAUCAUCCAGAUCCUGGUGAUCGCCGGGUGGGUGAGCUGCACCAUGGGCCCGCUCUUCUACGCGCUCAAGAAGCUGGGCCUGCUGCGCAUCUCGGCCGACGACGAGAUGUCCGGCAUGGACCUGACCCGGCACGGCGGCUUCGCCUACGUCUACCACGACGAGGACCCUGGCGACAAGGCCGGGGUUGGUGGGUUCAUGCUCAAGUCCGCGCAGAACCGUGUCGAGCCGGCGGCGGCGGUGGCGGCGGCGACCAGCAGCCAGGUGUAAAAAAAAAAUCAGGAGCAAAUUGAAACCGAGCUGAAGUUACGUGCUUGCCUUUUUCAGUAUGUUGUCGCGUAUCACGUUUGAGGUGGAUCGUAUCUGCCGGUCAGUACGCAGUGUUUGGGCAAAUACUUGGCUACUUGGGAGUCGCAAGAAAUUGUGUAAAUUAUAUAGAGGAGGAUGGCGACGAAGCACGCAUGUGUUACGUAGUUGGGGUUUGUGUGCACAUGGUGGUGGGCAGGGGCUAGGAGAGGGUUUAUCUUUAGGUUAUUUUCGUAGUGGAAUGAAUCUUAUGAUCGGAUAUCCAUCGUCGGAAGGUGUGGCGGGCUGCUGGUCAAGAUAGGUGGCUUCUAUGACUAUGAGGGUUGAAACAACAAGUGGACGAUUCUGUCCUGUGGUCACUGCUCAUCAUCCAAUCUAGCGGCUUUGACGGUCGUGCCUUUUUAGUAUCAAUAAUAUUAUUCCAAGUUUAAAAU